GAACCAAAUCACAGAAGCAUUGCAUCAAAGCUCAUGGGUUCAUCAUCCAAGAGAUGCCUCGGCGCGAUCCUCGUUGCAUCUUUCUACUUCUCAACCUCCCUUGCCUUCUUCCCUGCUCACCAUGAGGGUGAGAGUGCCCAUCCAGUUGAGCACGGUCCAAAGCCGGGUCUUUCUCCACAUUUCUACAGAUCCACAUGCCCGCAAGCUGAUGAGAUUGUGGUCUCCGUCCUGAAGAAGGCGAUUGCCAAGGAACCGCGCAUCGCCGCGUCCCUUCUCAGGCUCCUUUUCCAUGACUGCUUUGUUCAGGGGUGCGAUGCGUCCGUUCUGCUGGAUGACAGCAAGGCAGUUGCAAGCGAGAAGAACGCUCUUCCCAACAAGAAGUCUAUUAGAGGAUUUGAAGUCAUAGAUGAGAUUAAAGCUGCACUGGAAGAAGCAUGCCCACACACAGUCUCUUGUGCUGACACUAUUGCCCUAGCUGCCAGAGGUUCAACAGUAUUGAGUGGUGGGCCAUACUGGGAACUCCCGCUGGGAAGGAGGGAUUCAAAGACAGCAUAUAUGAAGCUAGCAAAUAAGAACCUGCCUCCACCCAAUGCAACACUGCAUCGUCUUGUAAAAUUCUUCGGAAGGCAAGGACUGGAUAAAACGGACCUUGUAGCACUAUCAGGUAGCCACACCAUCGGAAUGGCCAGAUGUGUUAGUUUCAAACAACGGCUCUACAAUCAGCAUCGAGAUAACAAACCGGACAUGACAUUGGAGAAAAGGUUCUAUCACAAACUGGCAUCAAUCUGCCCACGCACUGGAGGUGAUAACAACAUCAGCCCACUAGACUUUGCCAGCCCUCCGAAAUUUGACAACAGCUAUUACAAGUUGAUAGUGGAGGGAAGAGGUCUUCUUAAUUCAGAUCAGGUUUUGUGGACCGGAAAGGACCCAGAAAUAGCACACCUGGUCAAAAGUUACGCAGAAAAUGAGUCCUUGUUCUUUGAACACUACGUGAACUCGAUAAUCAAGAUGGGGAACACAAAUCCCCUCUUGGGUUCUGACGGAGAAAUCCGUAUGAACUGCCGCAGGGUCAAUCAUGUCCGCUAGUCAAUAAGUUCGAUGGGUUCAUUUGCUUGUGAUUUCCACGGUUUGUCAUUUAAAUGUCAUCCUGCUAAUGUUCGGUGACUGACAUAGUUUGAAAUGUGGCCUCAGAUUGAUUUUUCAUUCAGAAAUGUAAUUUUAUUCCUUUCAAUGAAAGAUAUCUCAUCUUCUUUUGCUCUGAAA